UUCAUCACUUCAUCGUCAAAACCCAGAGACAAAGAAAAAGGGUGAGUAACCAACCAGUACAGUAACCAUGGCAGUGUUAACAGAAAUCGAAGAAGAUGAACUCGACGAAGAACCAGGCGAGGUAAUCGAAUCAGCUCCGCCUCAAAAGGUUGGCGAAGAGAGACAACUCACUACCAAUUCACCCAUAAAAAAGAAGCUCCUCAAACGCGGAAUCGGUUGGGAAACCCCCAAUUUCAACGAUCAUGUUACUGUUCAUUAUGUUGGAACUUUGCUUGAUGGAAGAAAAUUGGGUUCCACUAGGGUUUCGGAUUCUCCUGUCACAUUCACACUUGGCCAAAGUGAAGUGUAUGCUGGAUUGGAUGAUGGGAUUGUCACCAUGAAGAAGGGGGAGGUGGCAUUGUUUACAUUACCUGUUGCUGAGUCAGGAGGUAUUCCGCGAGGCACCAACUCGGUUGUGCAGUUUGAGGUGGAACUUGUUUCUUGGAUCGCUGUAGUGGAUGUUUGCAAAGAUGGUGGAAUUAUCAAGAAAAUUAUGGAGAAGGGGAAAGGGAAUGAUCGGCCUGGUGACCUUGAUGCAGUUCUUGUGAAGUAUCGGGUGGCACUAGUAGAUGGCACUGUUGUUGCAGAAACACCGGAAGGAGGAGUUGAAUUCUAUGUGAACGAUGGUCACGUUCUUCCUAGAUUGCCGAAAGUGAUCAUGACUAUGACCAGGGGAGAGAAGGCUGAAUUAAUUUUUCAACCUCAAUAUGCCUUUGGGGAGACGGGGAGAGAAGCUGGCAGCGGAUUCCAUUCAAUUCCCCCAGACUCAGUGCUGCAUGUUAAUAUUGAAUUGGUGUCCUUCAAGCCUGUCAUAAAUGUUACUGGUGACUCUAUGGUGAUUAAGAAAAUUUUGAAAGAAGGGGAGGGCGCUUUCACUGCCAACGAGGGUGCAAAUGUUACUGAAGCUGGAGAACAGAAGAAUGAUUUUAGCAGCUACGUGAAGUAUCAGAUGGUAGUUGAAAGGUCCAUAGAAACUCAAAGUCACGAACUUCAAAAUAUUGCUCAUAAGAUCAUCACUGAAGUCAGUUACACAGCUAUGCUAGAAGAUGGCACUGUAUUCGAGAAAAGAGGAAUUGAUGAAACACAGCCCUUGAAAUUCGUAACUGAUGAGGAACAAGUGAUUACCGGUCUAGACCGAGCAGUGGCAACAAUGAAAAAGGGCGAGAAGGCCAUAAUUAGCAUACAUCCUGAUUAUGCAUUUGGAAAUGUGGAAGUUAGAGAAAAUAUGGUUAUUGUGCCACCAGGCUCGAAAGUAAUCUAUGACAUUGAAGUGAUAGAUUUUAUUAAGGAGAAAGCACCGUGGGAGUUAAAUAAUACUGAGAAAAUUGAGGUAGCCGGGAGGAAGAAAGAUGAAGGAAAUUUAUUAUUUAAAAGUGGCAAAUAUCAGCGAGCAGCGAAGAAGUAUGAUAAGGCUGCUGAUUUUGUUAGUGAAGACGGAUCCUUUAGUGAUGAUGAGCAAAAGUUAGCUAAGUCGUUGAGAGUUUCAUGCUGGUUAAAUGGUGCAGCUUGUUGCCUUAAACUGAAUGACUUUGCUGGAGCAAUCAAACUAUGUACUCAGGUGCUUGAUGUUGAAUCUCACAAUGUGAAAGCUUUGUAUAGACGAGCGCAGGCAUAUAUAGAGACGGGAGACUUUCUUUUAGCAGAUGUAGACAUCAAGAAAGCUCUUGAGGUGGAUCCCCAAAACAGGGAGGUAAAGAUGCUGAAAAUGAAAGUGAAACAACUUCAAGCUGAUAGUGACAAAAAAGACGCCAAACUGUAUGAAAAUAUGUUUGCCCAUAAAACCAAGAGAUUGAAGGUUGAUAAAGAAGAGGAUGAAGUGGUGAAAACGGAAAUGGACAAUGUUGGGGACAGUGCAACUGCUUCUGAUGGUGGUUUAAUAAUUGAUUCUUGUUGAAUCUUAAUAGUUUUUAUGCUUCUAACAAAAGAAAGUAUACAGUAUGUAGCAGAUGGUAGCUGCAUAUAAAAUUUCGGAUGAAAGUUUAUAUGGUCACACAACAGACAUUUAUUUAUGGAAAUUUGACAAGUUGUGAAUA